CAAUGUCAUCCUUAUGUGGCACAUGCUUCCUCAUUUCUAACAUGUUAUUAUCUACAGCCGUUGAUUAAAAUAUAUCAAUUAAUAUUCAUUAUGAUUGGUUGAGAUUCAUUCCACACUAGAGCGCAUGAACUUUUAUCCUCAAAUUUAAGGGAUGCAAUUAUUUUGGUUCCAAAACAGUACUGUCUACCUACGACUACUUUCGUGUUAUGCAGAUAAUGAAAGACAUAGUAAAUAAUCUAUGUACAGUACUAUGUCUCUCACUGUCCACAAAACACGAAAAUAAUCUAAGUACAGUACCGUUUUGGAGCCAGCAUAGCUAUAGCCAAAUUUAAGAAACCCUGCAAUACCGAUUAGCCGGUCGGCCAGCCGGACGGAUAUCUGAUAAACGUUCAUGCCCCAAAGGUGUGUUUUCACUGUUUAUGAGUUGAAAUACAAUGAUACCUGGCAGCUUUCUGCAUGACUCGGGUGGAUGAAAAAUUAAAGCACUGCUUCUUCAGCAUCAGAUUUGGGUCAACCGACCAACGAGGAAAUAGAAUCCCCUAACGACAAAAUCCACGUUCUGUAACGACUGUUCUUCUCUUUCAUUGUUACUCAUCUAAGAAGGGUUUGCUACCUGCCUAACAAAAAAAAAAUUCUGUACCUAAAUACACUCCACUUGAAUCCACAUGAACAACGAAGAAAAAAAAAUGGAAAGCCGGAAGCCUCACAUAGCCGUGUUCCCGUCGUGGGGGAUGGGCCAUCUCUUACCCUUCGUCGAAUUCGCGAAGCGUAUGUCAAUCCACCACGGCUUCGCCGUUACAUUCAUUGCUCCUCCUGCCGUAACGGAAGACAUUCGGACCUUGGCUUCCUCGCUUCCAGACAUUCGCUUCGUGGAGGUUUCUGUGCCACAGCUGGAUUCGUUUCCAAAGAGUAAUCCCGCAACCAGGUUUGCAGAAAUGGAGAAAUACAAAGAUCCCGUGAAAGAUGUUCUCGGAUCUCUCAAAGAUGACCUAACUGCCUUCGUCGUUGAUUUCUUCUGCACCGCCCUAAUCGAAGCCAGCGCCGCCCUUCACAUCCCUGCCUACGUCUUGUCGACCGUAUCAGCCUCCAGUCUUUGCCUCAUGUUGUUCCAUGAAACUCUCGACUCGCAGACCACGGAAUCCCUCAAAGGCAUGGACGGUCCGGUGCAUGUUCCCGCCCUGCCCACCAUGCCCGCUCGGUAUUUCCCCAGCUCCAUGCAGGACAGAACGCACCCAAUUUACCGUCUCUUCCUCCGCAAUUCCCGUCGUCUUUGCAACGCCGACGGGAUUCUCAUCAACACGUUUCAGGAUCUGGAGAGCGGCAGCAUUCGAGCUCUGAUUGAAAGGAAACACGAGCUUCUCCCUAAAGGGGUCGAGAAAGGGCCCGAGAUUUACCCAAUAGGCCCGCUGAUCCGGUGCCCGGAUGCAGGGCACGAACGGAGCGGGUGCCUGAAGUGGCUGGACGGACAACCGGACGCAUCGGUGAUGUAUGUGUCGUUUGGGAGCAUGAACUGGUUUCUACCGCCGGAUCAGACAAGGGAACUGGCGUUGGGGUUAGAGGCCAGCGGGUACCGAUUUUUGUGGGUGUUGAGAAGUGACAAGGACGUCUCUGCGUUGCUUCUGCCCGGGUUUGAAAUGCGGACUCGGGAUCGUGGGCUUGUGUGGACUUCGUGGGCACCGCAGAUACCCAUUUUGUCUCACCCGUCGAUCGCGGGGUUUGUGAGCCACUGCGGAUGGAAUUCCACGCUGGAGAGUGUGAUGAGUGGAGUUCCGAUUGUUGCGUGGCCGCUCUACGCAGAGCAGAAGACAAACGCUUUCUUUGUGGCGAACGAAAUAGGGUUGGGCAUUGAACCGGAGUGGGGUGCCAAUUGGUGGGUGGGAAAAGAUGAGGUGGAGAAAGCGGUGAGGGAAUUGAUGGAAGGAGAGAAAGGGAGGAAGGCGAGUAUGAGGGCGGCAGAACUGAAGGAGAGUGCGAGGAGGGCGGUGGCAGCGGGCGGAAGUUCCAUGGAUGUUCUCACAGCUCUGGCUGGACAAUGGAAGAACAGGGUCUCAUAAUUUACUGAUUUGACUUGUUUUCCUGGUCAUAGUUUGCUGAACUGUAAUAAUCUCUGGAUACUUGUAACAAAUUGUUGAUCAAGCAAAUUAACUAUCUCAUCUGAAUCAGGCAGACUGAAAGUGUUUGAUUGCAGACCUCAACUUGGUGGUAUCCUAUUGUACUAUUUCAAACUGAUAUUUUAAUGAUUCGAUGAAUGAGCAUAAUUUGGUAAAGAAUAACAUCUAAUGCUUCCUAGAUCUAAUUUCUCAAUUUCUUCUAACAGGUAUUAAUCAGUUGCUUUAGAACCAUUAAAUAUUUCAUCCACAUUUAGCAUUUCAGCAAAUCCACUUCAUUUCAUCCUUUGGGAUAAUUUGGAAAGCAUUGCCAAUUUCAAUAGGGAAAAAAGGGAGCCAUAUGCACACUCACACACAUCAUAUCAAUCCAGACACAAAUCCAGUAGCUACAGCUGCUUACCGGUUGCAAUCUAAUCAUUGAAGCAAUAGAUUCUAUCCACAGAUUCUAUUCUCUUGAAAACAGUGAUGGAUUGAUUGCAGAGUUUGUUGCCAUUUUCAUAGGCUUUAGAAACCUUUUUAACAAUGAAAAAUCUCAUAUAUGUUGGAUGAUAUUACAUGUCUAUCACUUUGUACCAUCUUAAAACGUUAUUGGGUUUUGGCUCAUCUUGCAUCAUGUUCAAGAAGCUUGUGAGAAGAUUGAAGACUUCUGUACCAAAUUCAUGUAUUCAUCCCAUCUUGGGACUCUUGGAGAUUAUAUCCUUACGGAUACCUUGUAAUGUAACUGAUGAUCUUAUGUAUUUUGUCAUGGCAAUGUAAUAUGUAUCUUGUUCCUUUGUAAAGACAAUGUUAUCUUAUGUA